UGAGAGAAAAAAAUAGGGGAAGGGAGGGAGAGAGGAGAGAAAUAAAAACAGCACAAGAGGACAGCAGGCAGCACGGAGGAAAAAAUCCCUCUGAGGUUCCACCAUGUUCCUGCAGACUGUCUCCAUCCUCUUCCUCUCGGCCGUCCUCUUCGGCUGCCUGGAAGGGAAGGGUGUGCAAAUGCAGCGAGAUGUUCAGUGCUGCAUGCAGUACUCUCACGGCAAAGUCCGGACCAAAGACGUUCUGAGGUAUGAGAGGCAGACAGAGGGACCAGAUUGCAGCAUAAGAGCCAUAAUAUUGUACACCAAAAAGGCGGUGAAGUGUGCUGAUCCAAGGGACAGGAAGGUGAAGAGGUUACUACGGAAACUGAACCAGAGGCUGGGAGCCAAAACCCGCAGGACCAUGUGGCUACAUCCGCAUAUGAAUCUGCCCGUCAUGUCGGAGGUCGCUGUUGUUAACUCCCAAAAGAUGAACAAGACCAAGUGAAUGUUGAAGGAGGACAGGUGAUCCAUGAAACUCCAGCCUUCUCGUGUGUUACGUUCUUAUAAGAAAAUACAUGUAGACUCAAAGCAUUCACUACCAAACAGUAUGUUAUCCAGAUAUAUUGUGAUAUUUAGAUGUCCUCUCAAAUGACUGUUAAUCUAUAUGCCAAAGUAUUCUUCUCUGAGACUUGUUAAAGGUUGUUUAUAAUCUCUGCAGCUAUGUAUAGUCUCUAUAACUUAUACAAGCUCUUCUAUAGAGUCCAGUAAGCUGGUAUCACUGUUCUCGAUCAAUUUCUAGUGCAAUUACAGAUUAUCUUGUGUAUGUUAAAACACAACUAAUUUUUAUAUAUAAAAAUAAAUG